AUGCAUCAGCCGCCUCCCAGUUCAGCCACAGCCCCCAACGCGCCGCAAAUAAACUUGAAUGGGACUCAACUGCGAGUGGUAGAGAACUUCCCGUACCUGGGCAGCACGCUCUCUCGCAACACCAAGAUCGACGACGAAGUCGCCAACAGGAUCUCGAAAGCCAGUCAAGCCUUCGGUCGCCUCCAAAGCACAGUUUGGAAUCGUCACGGUCUCCAACUGAGCACAAAGCUGAAGAUGUACAAGGCCGUCAUCCUGCCGACGCUACUGUACGGAGAGGAGACCUGGACGGUGUACACGAGGCAGGCACGUCGACUAAACCACUUCCACCUCAGCUGUCUCCGCCGCAUCCUGAGGCUGAACUGGCAGGACCGCAUCCCCGACACCGAAGUGCUGGAACGGACGGGAAUUCUGAGCAUCUACUCCAUGUUGAGACAAAUGCAGCUGCGCUGGAGCGGCCAUCUGGUGCGCAUGGACGACGAGCGACUACCCAAACGACUCUUCUACGGAGACGUCGCGACGGGUUCUCGUCGUCAAGGAGGCCAAAUUCGCCGUUACAAAGAUACUCUGAAGUCCUCCCUGAAGCGCCUGCACAUCAACCCGACCAACUGGGAAGAGCUCGCACGCGAUCGUCCGACAUGGAGGAGAACAGUGAAGACGGGCACUGCUAUCUACGAAGCCAACCGCAUCGCCGCCGCCAAAGUGAAACGCGAAGUCCGCAAAUCACAACUUUGCCCAAUACGCAACGCCGCCGCACAACCUCUCCCUACGUGUCCUCGAUGUCAACGGACAUUCCGGGCACGAAUCGGACUUGUUGGACAUCUUCGAACCAACUGCACCUCUCGAACUGCUCCAGCCAUCGUCCCCGCGCCCGCCUCUUCCUCGUCCUCUCUUCCGCCAAAUAAAUCUGACACUCCUUCUGCACCACCACUUCCAUCCUCCUCCUUCUCCUCCACUGCCCCAGCGGUGGCCGUUCAGGCUGCCGUCUCACACAUCGCCAACCACGACACAGCAACCGCAACCACCCCCACCUGCCCUCACUGCGACCGCACCUUCACCUCACACAACGGCCUGGUCGGUCACUUGCGAAUCCAUCGCACAGAGACUGGUGAACCAGUGCCUGGAGCACCAACCUACACCCAUCGCACUCGCCUCCACUGCCCACAAUGCCCUCGCACCUUCCGGCAUCGCAUGGGCUUAUUUGGCCACAUGCGCAUCCACGAGAGCGGCAUUGACCGCAAUUCCGAUACAGCCACGACAUCCAACACGCCCAGACCCAUCCUCGCCCCACCGUCACACGCGCCGACCACCACCACCGCCACCACCAACACCACUGCUUCCUCUACAGCUGACACCGACACCGCCGACCUCUCAUGCCCGCACUGUCCACGCACCUUCACCUCACGCAUCGGCCUGGUCGGUCACUUGCGAAUCCAUCGCACAGAGACUGGCGAACCAGUGCCUGGAGCACCAACCUACACCCACCGCACUCGCCUCCACUGCCCACACUGCCCUCGCACCUUCACGCAUCGCAUGGGUCUAUUCGGCCACAUGCGCAUCCACAACGACCUGCGGUAG